GUUCGAAGUUCGCUGCUAUCGAACCUCAAAAUACCCUUGCAGGUUACAGCAGCCUGACACACCAGGCAGCAGGCAGCAGACAGCAGACAGCAGACAGCAGACAGCAGACAGCAGAACAUCAUUUCCAAGGCCCCGUACCAUACUGUGCGCUUCGACUACUGCAGUCAAAGAAACCCAGACAUCAAUUCUUGGGACCGGGUCACCAGGAACGAACAACGAAGGGAGAGGGACAAACAGAUCGAGUAGUACACAAUCGAGUAGUACACAACAACUGCAGCAACUACAGCACCACUUUACUGCCGYCAWAGUGCUUGCAUUCUGUUGGUAGAUUCGUAUAGAAGCCGACGCAGCAAGAAAAACAACCUUGCGGCAAUGACAUUUCAACCAAARUCCGUAGCAAUGAUUGCGGCGCUGUUCUGGAUGGUGCACGUCCCAUCGGUGUGCUACGGACUGAUUCCGGGCCCCCUGCCGUCGACAAGGACCGCGCAGUCCAUCACAGGCACCCUUUCGUCGCUCGGGGCGAGCCGGACCCUCAAGGGCAGCGACGAAACCUUUGAGGGAGGCGGCAGCAUCUCGAAAAGCCGUCAGAGGGACCGGGAGGCCAAGACCCUUUACGACUACCUGGGGGCGUCCCCCAAGGACACCCAGGAACAGCUCAAGAUCCGCUACACAACCCUGGUCAAGACGCUUCACCCGGAUUCCAACCCCGACCGGGACACCCAGAACUCAUACUACGACCUGAGCGACAUCAAUGCGGCCUGGGARGUCCUCAAGGAUCCGGUGACACGGAGGAAGUACGAUCGUUCCCUCAACGCCAAGGAGAUUGCCGAGGGAAUCGAGUCCUUUGUGAGCAUGGGGAUCCACGCCUUUGAAAACACGGCGAUACCGUGGUUUCAAAAGACGGCGGACACGACGGCGGCGGCCGUGGACGCCUCGACCAAGAAGGCGCAAGAAGUCAACGAGCAGGCGAGGUCCGCCUAUGGGGUCUUUGAGCUGGAAAACCAAAGCAAGGCAAUGGAACAAAAAGCCAAGGCCAGCACCGCGAGGGCGUCCAAGAUCAAGAAAGAGCUGGAUUCCCUGCCUUCGAAGAGGGUCGGGAGCCUCGAAAAGAAACAGGAACAGUUUCUUUCCUCGGCGGAAGCCCAGCGGAUUCUGAGAACCUUCCAGUCGGACGGAGCGGGGGCGAAGCCGCCGGCCGGUCUCAAAAACGACAUGAAAACCCUCGUCGAUACCGAGGGCAAGCAGAGGGACGCGCUCCGAACCGUUCAAUCGGCCGAGCGGUCCACCCAGAUGGCAGCGCGGAGGGUGGAGCAAGCCAUGAGGGCCGAGGAACUGGCGCUCAAGCGGUUGGAAGACGCCCAGCGGGCCUUUGAGGAAGCGAGGAAAAAUUUUGCGAGUGUGCAGGAAGACGAGAAGGUGGCCAGGACCGAGGAGCGAGCGGCGCUCCAGGUUUUCAACAAACUCGAAAAUGCGCUCGAGCGGAUAAGCGGCAAGGUCCGGGUGGGUCUGCUGCAGCAACAGGAMCUGUWUCUGGACACGAAGGCAAAGGAACUGAAGAAAGACAUCGAGGAAUGCGAACAAUCGGCCAUCAACUAUCGAGCCGAAGCCAAGCUGUUGAAAACGAAAGCAAAGGAAAAGGCCGACGAAGAAUUGAAACCCUGACAACGACGCAAGCAAGCGAACAAGGACGAGUGAAUGAAACUGAUCCACACAACAACAGCACCACUACGGAUUUUCCAAUUUCACCUCCGGGUAUGACGAAUACGCGAACCUACACCUCCUCACCAGAAACUAAUUUUGCGCUUUUCGAAGACUAGCGAUUCUAUGACGGGAUGAAUGAAUCGUCAAACACUUCUUAAACAUACGGAAUCCAAAGCGAAGCUAAAACUUGGAGAAAACUCUUCAAGGAUACUUCCACCAUUCAUAAUGAAUUAAAAACAAUCUA